CACGGAAUCGUCAGUGCGAGAAGGCAACGAACGAAGUAUCGGAGUCCGCCAUGAAAGAGGAGGGAAAAAGCAGGAAACGGAAGCGGCAAAAGCACCGCAAAACCCUAAAUCCGAAGCUCCGUCAGUCACCGAAGAACCAGAACGACAAAAAACGUCCACGAGAGACCAAACCCCACCAAGUCCAUGAACAAGGAGGUUCUUCCGCCUCAUCGAAACGGUCAAAAUCCUCUAAUUUUCUCGACAUGCUUCGAGCGAGGUUAGCUGGUGGGCACUUCAGGAUGCUCAACGAGAAGCUCUACACUUGCACUGGAAAAGAAGCCCUCGACUACUUCAAAGAAGACCCCGAAAUGUUUGAUAUGUAUCACACAGGUUAUCAAGAGCAGAUGUCACAUUGGCCUGAACUUCCUGUUAAUACCAUAAUAAAUUGGCUGAAGUCACGGAGCCCCUCUCUAGUUGUGGCUGAUUUUGGCUGCGGUGAUGCGCGGCUUGCAAAGAGUGUGAAGAACAAAGUUUUCUCCUUUGACCUUGUCGCCAAGGACCCUUCUGUUAUUGCCUGCGAUAUGUCCAAUAUUCCGCUUGAAUCUUCAUCCGUUGAUGUUGCUGUAUUCUGCCUUUCAUUGAUGGGAACCAACUAUUCGAGUUACAUCAGAGAAGCACAUAGAGUUCUACGCCCAAGCGGUUGGCUUCUCAUAGCAGAGGUAAAAAGCAGGUUUGAUCCAAACAAUGGGGGAGCAGACCCAAAAGCCUUUGUGAAGGCAGUAUGUGAUCUUGGAUUUACGUCGGUCUCAAAGGACUUUUCAAACAAGAUGUUCAUAUUAUUUCAGUUUCAGAAAAAGGAGAACCCAAAUUUGAAGAGGAAGGAAGUAGAGUGGCCAGAGUUAAAACCAUGUUUAUACAAACGCCGAUGAUUGUAAGUGAACACACAAGCCCUCGUUCUCGUUCUAGUUCCGACAUAAGAUUAUGCGGAUACACCGUACACGGGCCGAUCUGAAUUCUUUUCUGUUAUAGGCUUUGUAGUUGUAGCCUAUCUAAUCUGCCGCGAGGGUCUGAUAUGUAUGAUGCAAGGAGAAUAUUGUCUUCGAGGCUAUGCCGAUCAUAUAAAUGAUCAUCAUAAACUUCGUCGGUUUACAUAAUCUAAAGUCAUGUUUUUUCUUCAAA